AGCUGUAGAUCUGUACAGUCAGUCUGCGCGGUUUUAACAGUUGUCCAAGUAUAACGAUGGAGGAAGGAAAGAUGUAUACAUAAGAAAUCCUACUGGCGGCGAGGACGUAGUGUUUUUGAUGCUCAGGAAUCCAGCAUUAAUUUUGUCGUCGGUAAUCGUCUGUCUGUCGUCAAUUUGCAGACAUUUGUUGGCUCUAAUUUUACGGUCUCAAGUCAAAACUGAUGAAGUUUUGGACCCCAGAGCGCCCAGGUCUUCAAGACAAGACCGUCCCGGAUAGACGCACGAGGGCAUCCAGCAGCCAGGACCUGCACCCUACCAGGAGGGGGAGGCUGAACCAUGGCGGAACAUGGCAAUCUCUCUGCAGGUACGGUACGCCCUACCAAAGGAAACACCACAAUAAAAGCUCCACACUCAUCUGCUGGUGGAGAGCAAUGACAGUUCUUGGAUCCAGGUGGACCUCGUUGAGCAUACAGUGGUGUCUGGCGUAUUCAGCCAAGACAUACUACAGUUGGUAUGUGACCAAGUGCAAAGUUGCAUAUCAGAGGCAGCCUUCAGCAGCUGACUAUGAAUACGUGACAGAGCAAAACGGAGACGCUAAGGUAGAUGUCACAGUGUCCGCUAUUUUUGUGAAGUACUGAACAUUCAUUUUGGUUUUCUUUUUAGCAUUUCAAUAAAUCGGACUUACAUUGUACAACAAAUUUCCUGAUUUUGUUGAAUUGUCAAUGAAAUAGAUUAAAAAGUGACAUCAUAGCAACAGAGCCCUCAUUUGUCUGGAAAACUAUGAAAAUUGUUUAACGUUUAAAAAAAGUGUACAUUUCAAUAAAAUUUACCAAAAAAAGAUGUCAAAUAGUUUUCAUACAUUGAAGAGGAGUAAUUCCCAAGAGAAAGCCAUGUCACAGGCCCUUUAAGAAAUCUGUGCUUUCCCUGACAAAUGAUGGUGAUGUUGCUGUUUGUUUGUUGGGUGUUUGUUUGUUUGUUUUAUUCCAUUCAUACAUGUACAUACAUAAGCAACAGUUUACAUAGUGUAAUAUGAAUAAAUGUAGUUAAAUAAUAAGCAGAAUUAGAGUAUGAAUGGGGUGCCAUCCAGAGAAGGACUAGCCUUCUAUAAUCAGAGCACCCAAAACUGUCGUCAACAAUCAUCAUAUGGUCACAUAGCAUUUCAACAUACAAAAGUAAUUAUAGUAUAGGAAAGGUGUAUCAAGAGCACAGUCUAAAUGUGAUGUCAUUUCAGGAAGACACUGUUCACUUUGGGAGUUUUCUGGUUAAAUUGUGAAUCCAAAUUUUGCUCAUUGAAAACAUUUGUUAGAAAACGUUGCUCACUGGCCUAUUGCCAUGUACUGAAUCAAAUCACCAAAGAAAAGAAAUUGUACAAAUGUAUGACAUCAAAAUAUCCAAUAUUCUGGCAAAUUGUGGUGCUGUAAUAGCUGUAAAAUUGUGGUUUCUGCCUGAAAUGACAUUACACUUUUGCAUAUGAGUAUGCAAACCAUCAUAAGCAUCAAAAAACAAAAAGGCACCAAAAUGCCCUGAAAAAAAAUGGCAAAAACGAAACUUAAAAAAUAAGGUUAAAUUGUACACAAAUGUGCAUUUACUAGGACGGCAUUAAAAAAAACAUACAGAGUCAUAUGCAUUUGGAGGGGAAAGGGGGCACUUGCCCCUGUACCCCUGGAAAAUAAAUAAUGAUUCAAUUUCAAUCUUUGUAAUAGUUUUUAGUGGUUAUCUGCUAACCGUGUGGUGUAUUGCUUGUGUAUUAAAAUAACUGACGGAUUCAUAUUUUCCAUCACCUACAAAAUAACACCUACACCUACAGUGUUUACAUUGUACAUUGUUUUAUACAUACAUUCUUGUCUUUAUUAAGUUUAAUACUGGAACAUCUUAGGUUGGGGUAUGGUAGUUGGGCGUAAAGGGAACACUUGGGAUUUUCUCUCGGGGGAGGGGGGGGUUUAAAGGGAGUGUUUCAUAAGUCCUUGGACUUCUUACAACUUCCUUAUGACUUCUCUGCUUUUCAUUUAUCUUUGUUACUUAUCUUUGUCAUUUACUUUUAUGUUUUGUUUAUCUAUUAAGUUACGUACUUUAUAUGUUUUCAUUAUGAAGUUAUGAAUUAAAACUAGAUUGAUUGAUUGA